AACAAAUCUUUUCCACAUCAAAAGAUAUCUAUUUUAAUACUCAAAUGUUAUGCAAAAUUACUUUCACUUUCAGAAGCAGUUACCAAUGCAACACAGAAACAAAUAUGGAACCUGGCACUUACACCAAUGCAAAUAUUGUGCGUACCGAAUACAGAAAGUUGACAAAACGAGUUUAAAAUAAUUGAAAAUGAACUGUAAUUGUACAAUUUCCUUUGAGCACAGAAAUAAUCAAUUUUUGAGUUUCGCGCUUAAGAUCAAGCCAGUCUGAUGUCAUCUUGGAAUGUCAUAUUUUAACAGCUUUGAUCUUAGUCAGUUGUUUAGAAUAGUUUGACCGUCAUAAGCAUCAAUAAAACCUAUUUCAAAUCCAUCUUCGAAUUCUUCCUCGUCGCUAGUUGAACUUUCCGAAGAAUCUGAGACGUGUAGAUCUGAUACAUUGUCUGCCACUUUCAUCUUGUACAAAGCCAAAUAAAAGAAUAUAUUUUGUGAACGUGCUUGUCGGCUAACUACUGGGAUCACGCGAGGUGGGCUUAUUGAUCUGCGAUUGGUUGACUUCCAGAACAAAAAUAUUACACAAUACGUUCCAAAACGAAAACCAAUCAUAUCGAUGAAACCUAAGUUGCCCAACCUCCUAAAACAACAAACACAUCUUUAAUAAGCACUCUUUCUUUCUACUUCCGCAAUUACCUCUAUUAGCACAGACUAUGGAGGAAGAAUUCGACGGUGAGCCAAGAAUUGGUGGGCAUGAUGUUGUGUUUGUAGAUGAGUUGUCUCCAGGCCAAAUCUGCCCCGUAUGCCUUCUUGCCAUGCGGAGCCCCGUACAGACUGUGUGUGGUCAUCGAUUCUGCGAAAGCUGCUUGUUAGAAACAUUCAGGGGAGAUCAUGAUCCUGCAAUUUGUCCAGAAGAUAGGAAUCCUUUUACUGAGGAUGGAUUGGUCUUUCGUGAUGUUGCCUGGGAGCGGGAGAUACUUUCUCUUCGCGUCAAGUGCGAGAAGAGUGACAGAGGAUGUGAGUGGACUGGACCGCUACGGUACUACGAGGAACACUUUGUUUUCUGCAAAUAUGGAGACGUAACAUGUGAUGACUGUAAAGAAGAGAUGCAAAGAAGACUCCUGCACAAACACAACACAUCAGAAUGUCCAAACAGGACGGUGCAAUGUGAACAUUGUGAAGAGGAGUUCGCCCUCUGCCACACAAGGUGUCACGAAGAUAUUGAAUGCCCACGUUUUCCUGUGAAUUGCCCUCAAGAAUGUGGCGAAGAGGAGAUUCCCCGAGAAGAGGUGGAGUCCCACGUGAGGGACGAUUGUCUGAUGACUAUGGUGCACUGUCCUUACGAGGAAGCUGGAUGUACGUUCCAUGACCAAAGGAGUAAUUUGAAUGAUCAUCUUGAGACCUCGAAUGAGGAGCAUCUGAGAAAAACAUGGUCUAAGCUCCUAAGGACAACAGAGCGAUUGAAGGAGCUUGAGGCAGUGGAAGGUCAAAUUGAAGAAUUGCAAACCGAUAAAGAAUCCAUGAAAAUGUUACUGGAUGGCAAUAGCGAAGAAAUAAGCGACCUCAAACUGUCGGCGAAAAAGCUUGAGGUGGAAAAUAUGGCACUGAAGAAAGACGUAGCAGCGCUGCAAAAACAGCUAGAAGAAGUAAAACUUACCGCUGCUGGUGACAAGGAAGAGGUCCGUUCACUGAAAGCGGAAUUUAACGCAUUGAAGAAAGACGUGGAAGAAUUGCGAUAUAGUACCCCUGAAAAGUCCGAGAAGAAAAUGAAUAAUUAUUGGGCUUGCCACCCGCAAUCAGUGCGGCUGAAACCUAAUUAUUCAGUCUUGCAUACAGAAACCGCGAUAGAAGGACAAAAAGCAUCGGGUAGCAUGGAGAGAGAUCUUAGAAGUAAAAAAAAUUAUCCAACGCAGAGUCAUAAUACCACAACGACAGCACCGCGUCUCGUCCGCUCAACAAAGUUAAAGCCCUGUUCGGCCGGGUUCCUGCUUGGAUAGGUUACCAAAUACGGGUACCCCGUGUUGUAAUAACUUUUUUUUCUAUUUUUUUUUCUUCCCUUUCCAAGGCGAUAUUAGUGACUGCUGAACUCCCAGUCUUGUGUAAUGUCUUUUUUUCUCUAUUUAUCAACUAUUUUGUUCAAAUCAUUCUGCCAUGUCCGUAUUCAUCUUUGAAGUAUUUAUUUACAAUACUGUAUAAAUAAUACCGAAACGCGUCGUU